AUGGGCUCAUACGAUGGAGCUGAGGCCUGUGAGCUUGUAGGAGCCUUCAUGCUCAGCAAGCUCCGCCCACUUCUAGGCGAGGAAUGUGUCGGGUUGUACCGAGACGAUGGUCUGGCCAUAGUCAAGGAUGCCACCGGCCAUGGAGCUGACCGCUUGCGUAAGGAGAUAAUCCAGGUGUUCCAAACACACGGCCUGAAGAUUACAAUAGACGCUAACAGAAAGGUCGUCGAUUACCUCGACAUAUCAAUGAACCUCAACACCGGUACCUUUCAGCCGUACAGAAAACCAAAUAGCACUCCAGUAUAUGUUGAUGUCAGCUCCUGCCACCCGCCACAAGUAUUGAAGCAGAUCCCGAUUGGCGUUAACAAGCGUCUUCAGCGGAUAUCUUGUAAUGAAGACGUCUUUAAUGAUGCCAAGCCCGCAUAUGAGGACGCCCUGGCAGCAAGCGGACAUCCAAGAACCAUGGCAUACAGUAACGAACCGGAACAAAGGAAAAGAAGGAAGCGGCGCAGCAGAGAUGUGAUUUGGUUUAACCCGCCCUAUAGCACAACGGUCAGAACCAACGUUGGUGCAAGGUUCCUGGGCCUCAUCAAAAAGCAUUUUCCAAAGGGUUCGGCACUGAAUAAGAUCUUCAACAAAAACAAGAUAAAAAUCAGCUACAGCUGCAUGAGAAACGUAGCCUCCAUCAUCAAAGGUCACAACGCUGCGAAGCUCCAGCCAAGGCCGCCCGUUGAGCCUUGUAACUGCCGGGUCAAGCCAUCCUGCCCGCUCAAGGGGGAAUGCCAGUCGACUGACGUCAUAUACCAGGCACAUGUAACGAUGCCGUUUGACUUCUGGUAUGAUGUUGUGCUGCCAGCAUGGCAUGACAUAGCUCAAUGCCAGAUUACACAUGAAGCGCUCGAGAAAGUCGUCAUGGCACUGGAUGAACAUCAUCCACAUAUCAGCAGAGAUCCCAUACUGAAGACACAUGUGUUGGCUUGGAAGAAGUGGUAUUCCAACACAGGGAGUUCAGCAGAGGAAAGGUUAGUCUGCUAUGUUGGCUGGUUGAUUACCUACAAGAGAGGACCAUCAGGUGUCCAGAACUUCAUUCAAGCCAUCCAGUCUUCAUCUUUCCCGUCCAAUGUUGCUGUUGGUGGAGUGCUGGAGAGAAUUUGGCAAGCUCAAGGUACCGUGAUAUCAGUGGUGAAUGAUGAAGAUGUGAUUGCAGUGAGAGAAGGACCGGGAGAUGCUGUUGAAGCUGAUAAUGGCCAGUACGCAGCAGCUCUAAGUGAACUGAUCAAGGAAGGUGUCCAGCUGAUACCGUACGGACGCCUGAUAAUAUGCGGGCCGGGCCGCACAGGAAAGAGCAGCUUUCUACGGUCCCUCCUGCGUCAAGCGUUCCUGUCCCAAGUCGACAGCACAAUAGGUGUGGAGCUGGAGAAGGUGAUCUGCACCAUCGAGAAACAAGGGUUACAGUAUGAAUGGAAGCAAGCUGAAGAUUCUUACCAGCAGCAGUUGGCCCUGACGCACAGAGCUGUUGGACAAGAGCAAAGGAAGAAAGAGAUAAUAGCAGCACUGAGACAACAAGGUUUGGAGAUCCCACAGAACACCAGUUCCACAUCUUCCAUGCCGUCAACUCCUGCAACAUCACCAUCCGCUGUGAUUGAGACUGGGCUAGCAAAAACAGCCAGUGUGAGUGAAUCUGCUAUCAGCCAACGCGAUGAAGCCACCCACACCGAGUACUGUGCUCAAUCGGCUACCAGUUCAUCUGAAACCAUGGACUCUCAGAAUGUUUCCACUGCAUCCAAGCCGGAGGAGGUCUCAACCAUGAGUGGACAACAGAUAGCAACAGCAGAGCAAGAUGUGCAGCAGCUACAGACGGAGAUCAACUCAGCUACGCAGAAGUUUGAAGGCUUCAUUGAAGAUCUGAAGAAGGGCAAAAGUGAAGUUUUCACUGCAGAGCAUCUGAAGAACCUGACAUUCAUAGAUGUCUGGGACUUUGCUGGUCAGAAGCUGUUUGCUGCGAUCCAACACAUGGUCCUGGCCUGUGAUCGAUGUGCAUAUGCUGUUGUGUUCGACGCCUCAAAAGAGCUCCAGGCCAGAGCGAAGCCGACGUUUGGUGUAGACGGUGAGGAACUGCCGCUUUCCAACAGCCUGGAGCAGACCAACUUCGACGUCAUGGAGACAUGGUUCAACGCUAUCCACGAGGUCAUUGGAGACAGCGACAACGUACCCGUGUUUGCCAUUGGAACACAUGUGGACAAGUUAACAAAGAAGCCAGAAGCAAGGAAGAAGGCAAUUGAAGAGACUGAGCAGUAUAUCUGGGCCAAUGCGGAGGGUAAAGCUUAUGCUAACAACAUCGACAAGGUAGUAUUUGUGGACAACACACGAGCUGGCAAAGAUCCGGAAGACCCAGCAGUUGUUCAGCUACGUCACGACAUCAUCCAGCAGCUGCAGCAUCAGUUCAAUGUUCCAAUACCACUUCGUUGGCUUCCUGUAACCAUCUCCAUUGGGCACAUUGCAAAAUCAUUCGAACGACCAUGGUUAUCUGUUGACGAGCUACGUCGCUUGGCCAUUGCUGUUGGUAGCAUCUCCAGUGAGGAUCCGGAGUCCGAUUUCCAGGAGAUGGUGAAGUUCCACCAUGGUCUUGGUCAUUUGCUUCACUUUGUUCACAAUGCCCGUCUUCGUGAUCGUGUCAUCAUCGACAUCCACUGGGUUCUGAAAACCAUGUCACUUCUCUUUUGUCCUGAACCGAAGAGUAUGCAGAGCAAGCGUCUGCGUCCACAGUACGACUUGCUGACACAGAAUGGCAUCCUCCUGGAAAGCCUUGCCAUGCACCGCUGGUCACAGCACAAUCGUAUGACAUCUCGCUACACGGCCACAGAAGAGCAGCGUGAUUUCCUGUUUGAGAUGGGUGAACACUUUGCACUGUUCUACAACACCAAGACAACUGUGAGCGUGCCUGGUCAGAGGAAGGAGGUGACGACUCGCAAGUUCUUUGUGCCAGCUCUGGUGGAGCGAGUUGCACGUCUUCAAGAUGAAGCGAGCAAAGGCAAGCCAAGUCCAGCUAUGUACCUGUACAGUGGUGCAGAUCGUUACUUUCCACAAACCCUGUUCUGGUGUGGUGUUGUGAGGUGUAUGCAACGCUACAGUCCAAAGGUGGAUCCAAUCCUCUAUCACACGUCAGCACGUAUUCUGGUGAAGGAUCGCUUCUGGCUGGUCAUGCAGUAUUUCCAGCAUGGCAUUCGCCUGUCACUUGAGAUUCCUGUCGCAGCUGGCACAGCUAAGUCUUCUACUACCAAUGCUGGUACUCGCACGGAUAAGUCAGUUGGCUCUGCUGGCGUUGGUACUGCAGCAAGCAAGGAUGAGUCGGCUGCAGUCAAGAUUUGUCACGAGCUUCUACCGUACCUGGAGUCGGAGCUUGACAAGCUGAAGGCAUUCUCCCUGACUCACGUGAAGUUUGGCAGGGCUGUUCGCUGUCCAUGCUCGUUCAGCCGAGAUGCGUGUCGCAAACACAAGCAGAAGUCUUGUGAGGAGAUUGGGUGUCAACACUUUGCUCCAUUGGUGGAGGGAUCGCGUCCACGUUGUCCUAGUGGAUCACGUCCAGAAGUGGAUAUCAGUGAUGUACGGCAAUACUGGCCAUGCUUUGCCGAAGACACACAGACCCCAGAGCUUGCUGAUCCUGAGAAACCAAUGCCAGAAAAGCCAAUGACAGUAGUGGAGCCCGCAGUCAAGGACAGUGAAGUUGCAGCAACUGCCCAGAAGCCCGCUGUGUCAAAGAGAGCUACAGCCUACCAGCAAGUACUGUGCAAGCAUUAUGCUGCAAUACAGAGUACCUUAGCUAUCAAUGUGAUGGACUGUGUCAAGAGUUUGCGUGCGGAGGGUCACCUCAGUACGGAUAUUGUCAUGGAAACCAGAACCCUACUGAAAUCAGCAGGGCAAGAUGAGACUCUAGAUCACAUGUGCGCUCUUCUGGAGAAGCUCUCCGAUGACGGAAUGUGCUUCUUUGUGGAGGAUAUCCUGCCGUCGCAAGGUCUGUCACAGCUCGUGGAGACAUUCCGUGUGUGUCCUGGUCCUGGAAAGUGUUCACUACAUCGCAAUGACCUGCAUCCUGUAUCAGUGUGUUCCAGUGACAAGACACUGUCCAUGCAGACUAGUGUUGAUGCCUCCCAGACUGGUAAUGUCAAGAGUAGUCAACUUGAGACUGGGAUGUCUGAGCUUCACCAGGAAGUGCUGCGUUCAAGCUAUGUGGAAUUGAAGUGCAGUUUGGACGUAGAAGAGGGCAUUCUGGACUGUCUCUAUGCAGAGAGCAUCAUUACCCAACGCUUCUGCAAGAAACUCCGUGCUAUGGAUGAUCGUGAAGACCAGGCAUCUGUCCUCUUGGAAGCACUGCCAGGCUGUGGCAAACAGGCUUUUCGCCAGUUUGUGUCCGCUCUGAAAGAGAGUGAGAAGUUGGCUCACCAGGAGCUAGCUGAUCUACUGAAGAAGAAGCUGCUGGAAGUUUCCGGUCUGUCUUGAAGUGGCUGCCACAGCAGCCAUGAACUUCCAAGUACCCGCAAAGAGGUUGUCAGAGUGGCGUUUGGAGACACCGCUGAACGGUCGCGUGGGUUCAAUCCAAGAUUUUUCGGGUCUGCCAAAGUUUUCUACAGUUGUGUGUCUUUUAGUCAUGCCGUCUUGAUAUCUUUGCUGGCAUUCCAGCUGGCUAAGGUAUGCUUGAACAAAUUUUGUAUAUUUUUGUUAGAAACAGUACACAGUGAGAUGCUUCGCAAUGCAAGCUUGUAAUUGUAUAUAGUAAAAUCCACACUGUACUGCAGUGCUAUUCUACGCUACGUGUCUAUAUCCAACGCUUUGCCAUCGCUAUGUUUUGAUCACAGAGACUAGUCCCUUUUGAGAUGAAUUCCAGGUCACUGACGGUUGCGCUGAGGAGCCUAUUGAUCAAACAACCAAUGCUGUUUGCAGAUAUGUGUCUAUGGAGGUGGAAGCAUAUUUCAUAUUUUCCGCAUAUUGCCACGAAGAUUCUAUUUCCGUAGGUUCAAAUUUUCAAAUAUGCUGCGCAAAUUUACAAGUUUACUAUACGUUUUUAAGUUUCACAACCGGUGGACUAUGUUUUAAGGUUAGCCAGUGAUGAUUUGCACUUGCAGUCCAGUGCAUUGCCUUCCUGACUACAGUGCAUGGAGAAGAUGACUAGGAGCUCACAAUUAUCAUAUAAUUAUUGAACUAUGUAAUUCAUGUUGGCCCAUGAUCGUAGAUGUGUUGAACCGUAUAAAGCAUAAUACAAUUAUGUAUGUGUAUACUCAUAGCUCUCUUUGCUGGACCUUGAAGUUAGUGGUCCACCUUGGUCUACCGGGCACCCUGUGGCAUGCGAA